AUGGAUAGUGUGAAGGCACUGGCGAUGCACAAUCCUGACCCAGCGGGUGAGCUCGUAUCACCGAAGUGUGGAGCAAAGCUACACCUUGGAAAGGUGAAGCAGGUGGGGAGAGAACUUCCGUUCGACCGAGUGUGGGCGAAGACAGACCCCAACCCGGCACCGAUGGGGUGGUACGAACGCAACCCGAAGUUCAUGCCUGAGACCCAGGACUACCUGUCGAAGCUCUUGGAAGACAAGAGUUUUACAGUCGGAUCUACGCACACUGUGAGCUCCACGGGUAACGCUCGUGAACACUUCGUGCAAUAUCAAUACGAGCAGCGCACGAUUGUGAUCGAGGUGGUCAAUCGCGAGAUCUUUGAUACUGGCGAUGACGAUGACGAACCGGACGCAGGCAGUGCAGUCCCUCACAAGGCUGGGAGCGGAGCGUGGUGUGAAGCCACGCUCAAGGUGACUAUUCGUCCGGACGACGGGACGGCGUACAGCUACCUCGCAAAGCUGUAUCGCAACAUCCUGACGAACGCACCACUCCCUGAGGGCUUCAGCUUGGUCGAACCGGCGCUGUCGAACUACGCUGAGCUGGUCGUGUACAAGGAAGCCCAGGCGCGUAUUCGCUACGUCGUCGAAGUCGAGACUGUGAAGGGUGGAAGUUCGAUGUAG